CUUUGGCAUCCUCCGCCCGUGCGCCGCGGUCCCCCGUGCCCUCGGGGGGAGAAGCUGGGCUUCUGCUGCCAGAGCCUCUCUGACCGCGCUGUCGGCACAGAAACACCGGCAGAGAGGACGGGUCAAAGGCAUGCCAGCUUUUCCAUGAUGCCUGGCCAGUCACAUCAGCCAUGACCCGGAGGGACAGGCACAAGAGGUAGUUUGGUCUUCUUAGCGAGCUCAGCCCGGAGCUCUGCCCCCUGAGGAGAGACCUCUGGAUGUGUUGAAGGAUGAGUGGGAUAAUUCCAACUCCUGCUGCUCCCUGGUGAGCUGGGACACCAAACUCGAACCGCUUUAGACCUGAAGUUGGACUUUACCUGCAGUCCUGGUCUUGGAAGGAAAUGCUGUCUCUCCUCUGUGACCACCCCUCAACUCUCAACGUCUUCCACUGAACAAUUGACUUUCCACGCUACGAGGCAAGGAUCAAAUGGGUUGAGGACAACUGGCCCUUCUUGGCUUUGGCAAAGAGGAUUCUUUGGUGCAUUUUUAAGUGCCAGGACAUGAAACAGUAAAUCCCUUCUUCCUGCGCUCCUGCCUCCUGCAAGCCAGCCCCGACUGCGGUCCAAGCCAGCCAGUUAAAGGGUUAACCAUAGCUGGAUGCCUGAAUGGCUGCCUUACUGAUCCCACGGAGGAACAGAGGGAUGAGGACUCGCCUGGGCUGCCUGUCUCACAAAUCAGACUCAUAUAAUGAUUUCACAGCUAUUCUUCCGGACAAGCCCAACCGGGCUUUGAAAAGACUGUCAACAGAAGAAGCGACGAGAUGGGCAGAAUCUUUUGAUGUCCUUUUGUCCCAUAAAUAUGGGCUGGCAGCUUUCCGUGCUUUCCUGAAGACGGAGUUCAGCGAGGAGAACCUGGAGUUCUGGCUGGCCUGCGAGGACUUCAAGAAGACGCGCUCGGCGGCCAAGCUGGCCUCCAAGGCCCAGCGCAUCUUCGAGGAGUUCAUCGACGUGCAGGCCCCUCGGGAGGUGAACAUAGACUUCCAGACUCGGGAGCUGACGAGAAGAAAUGUGCAGGAGCCCUCCCUCUCUUGCUUUGACCAAGCUCAGGGGAAGGUGCACAGCCUGAUGGAGAAAGACUCGUACCCCAGGUUCCUGAGAUCCAAAAUUUACACAGACCUGCUGUCUCAGACCCAGAGGAGGCUCAGCUAGAGCAGCCAUGGGGCCCUCAGAAACCACAACAGCCAAAACCCAUGUCUAAAUGUGAAACUUUCUUGGUGUUAAAAGCAGUGGGAACGGGAAAAGAGGGAGAAGGGGCAGAGGAAGCUUCCAGAGAGUGAUCCAGAUGUGGUAUUAAGACUCUUUGGCUUUCUGUGCUUUUGGGUUUAUUUUUGGUUAGCAGUAGCACCUCGCAGUCGUUGCCUCUCUCUAGCACAAACCCAGAACCCUCUCGAGUCAUCUGUGGGCAAGGCAGGUUUCCUUUAAAAUUGCUGGGUUGGUUUGUGUGUAAAUAACACCUUUCCAUCCUCCCACACAUCUCCCUGUCUCUCACCUCUCCUUUGUGCUUGGAAGGGCCCCAAGGGCAGUUCUGACACUUGUGCAGCCACAUCCAGCCCACCUCUCCCAGGGGUCUGGACCCAGAGGCCGAGGGGAGGGAGAGAGGAGACAAAAGCACAGGAUUUAUUCCCUUUCCUGGAGUGGAAACCAUCAGCAAACUCAGCUCACCUCCCCAUUUUGUUUGCACACCUCAUGACGUGGCUGCUACCCCGUCACCGACCCUUUUCCUUCAGGGAUGGAGACUCGGAGUAUUCUCCACAGGACUGUGUGAGGAGCUGAGUUUUCCUCGUGAGGAAAGUCAUCCCAAAAGCUCUCACCAGGCCUGGGCAGUCAAGUCUUCUAAUGUGAAUGAUUGUUUUUCAUGGCUAUUAUUUAUUUGUGCGGUAUUGCAGUCUCAGGGUCCCAGUCGUCAUUCAGGCUCUGUUGUGCUGGGCACUGGACCAAAAGCUUGCACAAAGGGGCUCCUGGUGGCUCCUCAGGAAAGACCUGGAAAGAGUGGAGAGAAGGAAUGUCCCCUCUGCCCCUUGCUGAGGUGUAGGAAAAGCACAGCAGAUGGCAUUUUUCACUUGGUGCACGGCAAGGUGAAAAAUCACAUUUUUCUUAUUUUAUUACUGAUUACUGACUGUUCCUACUUACUGCCAGUCCACUGUGGGUUCAGAACUCCCCAAGACACACACCCUGCUGCAGGGUGCUUGAUUCCAGUGGGACACAGAGAGCAUGGAGUGAGCAGGAUGGGUGUCUGGGUGUGCAGAGGGGUGUGAGGUGCUCCUUGGCCCUAUUCCCAUAGCCUGGGUGGCAGGAGAAAGCUCCGUGCAGAUGUCAGGGGUGUAGCACCUCCUCUGUGCUGGGCAAUAAUUCCUACCAUCUGAUGGCCCCAUUUCCAUGGCACUGCUGCUCCAGCUUGGCAGAUUCUUGCAAUAUUUUUGAGGGGAGAAGCAGACAGCCUGUCUGUGGAUUUGAGCCGACAGAGCAGAGGUCUGUUUUCUUAAUUUAAUGAAGGCCUGGAAAGUGACCCUAUGGAUCUUUUCCUUCUCUCAGUCAUCCCCAGACCAGAGGCUGUCAAACUCUGCUCCAGCCAAGGGUGGUGGGUGGGUUUGAUACAUCAGAAAGCUGCUGAUAAAGACUUUGCGUAACGUGGUGUAAAUGAGGUAGAAUGAACUCUAAAGCCAAGCACAAUGUGUUUGGAACAAGAUAAAAAAAAAAAGUCUGGCUGGAUAUUAAAAAUCACUGUCCAUUAAUUAAG